GGUCCUGCUCAAGGUUUCUUCCUGUUAAAAGGGAGUUUUUCCUUGCCACUGUUUGCUUCCUUGGGCGUUCAGGCUCUGGAUUUCUGUAAAGCACUUGGAGACAAUUUUGAUUGUAAAUAAAACUAAAUUGAAUUGAAUUCCUCACUGCUUCCAUCAAAGAGAUAUAGCUCUUAACAAGGUGAAAAAUUUCAACAUUUGGCGCCUCCUACCUCUGGACAGGAAGGUCCUGCAGCUUUGCUUGAAAAAAUGCGUGGCACUGCUCAUGGAGACCUUUCCGACGAUGCCUGGCUUGUGGCUCUCCGACCUAGUAUGGCUAAGUUUGUUUUUACUUAUACUUAAGCAGGAUGGCCUGAAAGGCCUCAAAUCCCACAGACCUGGCUGCAGUCAAAAAUACAUAAGGUGCAGAAAGAUUGGCUUUCAGAUACAGGUCUGAUUUUGACAUAUGUAAUACUGCUCCCUCUGAGCUUUGAGGAACUGUGACUCUCUAGCCCUUGCUGUUUGGGAAUUAUGACCUUCCUAAGUCCACAGGUCAAAUGACCACUUUGGAUUGAGCACUCAGUCUUUUUGGAUCCCAUUUAGCCAUACAGUGGGUAGACAUGUGCAACCAGCUUCAAUAUGCAACCUGCUAAUAGCUGAUGUAAAUUUUUGUCCCUCUGGCCCACCAGGAAGGUUCUCAAAUUGGCCCUAAAUUUCAUGGCAGGCCAACACUUUAAAUAGAUGACAAUUAGAAAGCCUUGGAUCAACAUUUAACUUCCCUCCAAAUUUUGGAAUGGGUUUAAACAAUCUGCACAUAAACUGAAUUUUACAAAAUGAUAGAAAGUGUGGAGCCACAGAUACUUAAACAUUUCAUAACCGUUAAGUUAAAAUAGAUUCAAGCAUAAUGAAAUUUUGUGCAGAUUCUCAGCUUAAAAACACACUUAUAAAUAGUCAGAGAAAAUUAAAAUACAAAAAAAAAAAAAAAAAAAAAAAAAAAAAAAUAGAAAUAAAAACGUAACUUCCAAAUAUAUUGCUGUAAAUAGAUUAAAAGUUGGAAGAUUAAAACCUUGUUUCUGUGUAAAAAGAAGUAGAAAAUUUACUCCAUAUUGUGCUUCCACAUUUUAACAUAUACUGUAACACAUGCACAUAGAUUAGAACUUGGACUUCCAGGUCAACAGGAAGUAGACCUGUCAACAGGCAGUAGGAAGAGCUACAGCAGCAUGAAGCAUAUGGUGAGUAAGGAUGAGGUCUGUUCAUUGAUUUUUCUUGUACAAAAUGUGUAGAAACUUGUUUGUGUUCGCCUUAUUUCACUGUCUAACAUCACAAUGUCGCAUUUAUCGGUGUUUGUAUGCACUUUUGAACUUUUUAAAAUGCUAAAUUAAUUGCACUGUGUGUGGUACAUAAAAACAUUAUGAUAUAGAUAAAAAUGUGGAAUAUUUCCAAAAUUGAAUCUAUGUCAGUUGAUGAAUAGAUUAAAAUUUGGAAUGUGAAGUUAGUUAUCCACCUAGCUACAAAUGACAUUCUUUUUAAAGCUAAUUCAUCAUCACAAGUAGUAUGUUUCUACUCUUGUCACUGAGCUUGGAUUUUACUGUCAUCAGUAGCCCAAUAAAUUUCAAAACAGAUGAUUAUUUAAGCUGCUGGGCUUACCAGCGAGACGGUGAAAAGUGAAUAGAACAGGAACCGCAGGCACUGGUUUUCAGGACAGCAAGUGAACCACUCGUUACAAGUUGUCAGUCUGAUAGCACUUUUCAUUGACUCCUAAAGACUUCCAGCAUGCUGAUGGUUGGGAGAAAUGGAUAGACGGACCAGAAUGAAUUUUAUGGAGCUGUGCGAGACCGAUGAUCUGACCACGGCUUUGGUACUGGACCCCCUGCUGGGUUUCAACACCCGUAAAAUGAAUGUCACUCCUUUACCAGAGAUCCACUGUUGGGACAUUCUCAAAGAGACCCUGCUGAGCUUUCGACGCACGCACGAUUUUAAUGCAACAUUUGAGGCACUGACGGCAGGAAAACUGGCUGGUGACUAUUUUAACGACCUGGGAAGCCAUCGCCAGGAACUGCUGAGGCAACAUGUCUGUCGUUACCUCAGUGCCUUUCUGCUGGACAGUGGUGUCACGAUAGAUUCCACUUACAGAUAUUCUUCAGAGACCAAUGGAGCAAAGGUAACCUCGACAAGACACUGGUUUUCAGGACAGCGUAUCAAGGUCCUCAUGGGCUGCAUAGCAGAGGUUAGUGCCUCAGAUCAAGCUGUGCUGAAGGCUGGAGUCAAUGACUUCAGCAUGAUGUAUUCCUUACGCAAACAAUGUGAUCAGCUCUGGCUCGGGCCUGCGAGAUUUAUUAACCAUGACUGCCAUCCAAACUGCAAAUUCCUGGCAAGGGAGAUGAAUGUUGUCUUUGUUGAAGUGAUCCGACCUAUUUUGCCCGGCGAGGAGAUCACAUGUUUUUAUGGUGCCUGCUUUUUUGGGGAGAGAAAUGAAAUGUGUGAAUGCUACACCUGUGAGAGGAAAGGAGAGGGUCUCUUUAGACAAAUAGGGAAGCAGCCUGACUCUGAAGACACAAGGAACCCUGUGCGCCCAAAUUACCAACUCAGGGAGAGAUACCAGAAAGACAUUUCAGCACAAAGUGUGGGAAAAGAGAAGGCCUAUGAAGACAGGGAAGGAAAUGAGCUUGAAGUAAAAAGGAGCAAGCAGAGUCUUGGAGAAAAUCUGACAGCACAGUCAGAGAGAAGUGUUUCUAAAGAGACAGCAGAGAGGCAGCAAGGAAGUACAAUGAUAUGCACAGUUGAAGGUAUCUGUGUUUGGAAUGACCUGUUUGGCAAGAUGGUGAGUAGAAAUAGAGAGUACUUUGUGAUAAUUUUCUGAGGAUGCAGUGUUUUUUCAUGAUAAAUAAU